AUGACAACUCAAUCAUUUUUCUUGCUUCCCGUAUUCCUGUUGAGCUUUGUCAAUGCACAAUGCUACAAUGCAGAAGACAGUGCCAUUGGUGAUUUAUGCUACUCAUUCUCGCGGUUUCAAAUGAAUUUUCAAAAUGCUCAAAAUUAUUGCCACUCACAAAACCAAAACUUGGCAGUAAUUCACACUUCCAUGCAGAGCAGUUUCCUUGCCACUAUCGUCCGAACACGAUCCAACACUACAAACGCAAAAUUCUGGAUUGGUUUGAGUCGAUCUGCAAAUUCCUCCUAUGUAUGGGAUGAUAGUACCCCACUGAGCUGGUCAAACUUUAACCCAAAUGCACCUCGAGAUGGUCGUUAUGUUGUUGAAAGCACUGCUAAUGCAAAAUGGCAGACAGAAACGGCAUCAAGUUUAUUGGAUUUCGUGUGCAGUUAUGAUCCCUACACUACUGGCUCUUACACAACGGAGGAGCCAAUGACAACCACUGGACCAAGAAUGGCAAGUGUUACAUGUCUCUUCAUGGUAGACCUCCAGUCAGCAGGAAUUGAUCAAGCUGCUAUCACUACUUACAGAUCAUAUUAUAAUUUUGCUAAACUAGUUGGAUCAAAACUCAAUGAUGCAUCCGGUUUUUCGGGAAAUAUAGACACUUUUGGAUAUUCCGGAGUAUUGAACGAUCACGAAAACUUUAAUCCUUACAGUUACAGCUAUUUCAAAAAUAUACCCUUUCCAAUAGACGGAACGGAUGACGAUAUCGAUAUGGACUUGAAGGAUGUUGAUUCAACCUUGGCAAAUGCAGUUUGGUCACCUCCUUCACAAGAUCAGACUUGCUUGAUAUUCUUCUCUGCAGCACCGGUAGCUGAAUUUGGCGGAACCACUAUCAAAUCAUCCUACAACUCUUUCACUACAGUGGUCGGUGUGCUUCUUGGAGGUGCCACUUCAAUCCCCGGACUAACGAACUCUAUUUCUGCUUCUUCAAUGACAGAUGCCGACGCCCAGGCAGUAAUUCUGAAGCUACUAGAAAGUUUGCCAUGA